UAAAAAGCCUUGUUAUAGCUGUGGUUAAGGAGAUGGAAAGCACAAAGUCUGAGAAUAAAAGGAGUCGCCUCUCUGGUCCUACCCUAGGACAAAGCGGAAGUGAUAGCAGAAGGAAUCAGGAGUGGGAAAGAAAUAGCUGCUUAUUGUCAAGGUGUUGCCUGCAUGAUUGAGGAAAACACAGUGCAUGACCAUCGUUUCCCUGCCAUCUUUACCCAGCACUGCUUCCAAAAAGCUGGGGAUUGAGUUUCCAUCUUCUGUUGUCUCAGUCACUUGACCGAACACAUGAUUUCUGGCACAAGGGAGAAGAUAUGGCUGCUCGUUGUUGUGACAUAUUCGUUUCAGGGAAUUACUUAUUUAGAAGAACUCAGAAUGAAGAGAGCUGUGGAUCCUGAAGUGUUUAUGAAUAUUAAUGAGCUCAUUACUUAUAAAGGGUACCCCAGUGAGGAAUAUGAAGUGACAACAGAAGAUGGUUAUAUCAUUACCAUUAACAGAAUACCUUAUGGUAUGCAGAAUCAAGGAAAGCCAGCUUUGAAACCUGCUGUAUUUCUCCAACAUGGAUUAUUGGGAGAUGCUAGUAACUGGGUGACAAACCUGCCCAACAACAGCUUGGGCUUCAUACUAGCUGAUGCUGGCUUUGAUGUUUGGAUGGGAAAUAGCAGAGGGAAUCGCUGGUCCAGAAAACAUCAAAAUUAUUCCAUUGAUCAAGAUGAAUUCUGGGCAUUCAGUUUUGAUGAGAUGGCAAAGUUUGAUCUUCCAGCAGCAAUAAAUUUUAUUGUGGAGAAAACAGGACAGGAAAAAUUGUAUUAUAUUGGCUAUUCACAAGGUACUACCAUUGCUUUCAUUGCAUUUUCAACAAUGCCAGAGCUGGCUCAAAAAAUCAAACUCUUUUUUGCGUUGGCACCUGUCACUACUAUUAAGUAUGCAAGAAGCCCAGCAAUAAAACUUCUCUACCUUCCAGAAAAAUUGUUCAGGAAAAAGCAGGGUUUGUUCGGCAAAAGAGAAUUCUUUCCACAGACUGAGUGUCUAAGAAGGCUAAUAGUCCCUGUUUGCAGGCACCGAGCUUUUGUCAGGCUCUGUAGAAGUAUCUUCUUCAGUCUGGGUGGGUUUAACUGGAAAAACAUUGACAUGAACCGAAUCAAUGUGUAUAUUGCACAAACCCCUGCUGGAACUUCUGUGCAGAACAUAGUCCACUGGAGUCAGGAGGCCCAUUCAGGGAAGUUCCAAGCUUAUGACUGGGGCAGUUCAAAGAAGAACAUGGAAAAAUACCAACAGGCUACUCCUCCUCUCUACAAUGUAGAAGAGAUGACUGUACCUACUGCAGCAUGGACUGGAGGACAAGACUUGGUUGCAGAUCCCAAGGAUGCUGCCAUUUUACUGUCUCAAAUUAAGAGGCUCAUCUAUCACAAGACAAUUCACGAAUGGGCACACCUGGAUUUCAUCUGGGGAUUGGAUGCACCUUUGCACAUGUACAAUGAAAUUAUUGAUCUGAUGCAGAAGUAUCCUUAACCCACAACCACUAACCACACCUCACUCAUUCAAUGACAUUUGCUUUCACUGGGUAUG